GUUCCUUGGCGGUUUCCGUAAGAUGUAUUGUAUCGAAGCCCCUGAUUGGCUGUGCGGCGUAAACACGGUAGCAAUAGAAUAAGGCGCUUCAGUUCAUUGGUCAACAAUACUCUGCAGAAACGUGCUGUAAACGUUGGGAAGAGAUAGAGAGGUGAAGAUGAGUCUCCGGAAGCAGACACCGAGUGAUUUCUUGAAGCAGAUCAUUGGAAGACCAGUGGUUGUGAAAUUGAACUCUGGCGUGGAUUACAGAGGAGUUCUGGCCUGCCUUGAUGGCUACAUGAACAUUGCUGUGGAACAGACAGAGGAGUAUGUCAAUGGUCAGCUGAAGAACAAAUAUGGAGAUGCAUUUCUCAGAGGAAACAAUGUGUUGUACAUCAGUACCCAGAAGAGAAAGAUGUGAAGCCACACAUUUUACUUGUUUCUUUGUUCAAUGUUAGAUAAUUGAAUUAUGGUUUACUGUUGAUAUAUUCAUAAUCCUUUGUUAGAUGAUGAUAAUGUCCAAGUUUGUUUUGUAUUCUAUAAACCAAAAACUUGCUGUAAUGCAGUAAAUAUUUUGUUUUCCAAACAUA